CCAUGGCAUUUUAAGUCCCUCAAAGCAAAGCCUCUUACCUCCAUCCCCAUCCCCAUAAACAUAUCAUAGUGUUAAUUAUCCAGCAGCUGUAGCAAUGGUCAUUGUGAAAAGAUUGGUAACCAACAAGGCUGUGGUUAUAUUCAGCAAGAGCUCUUGCUGUAUAUGCCACAGCAUCAGGACACUGAUAUGCAGCUUCGGGGCAAAUCCAACUGUUUAUGAGCUUGAUGAACACCCAGAUGGUCAACUAAUCGAGAGGGAACUCAAAGCUUUAGGGUGUAAACCAUGUACACCAGCGGUUUUUAUAGGACAGGAGCUGAUUGGUGGAGCCAAUGAGAUUAUGAGCCUGCAUCUCAAAGGCAAGCUGGUCCCUAUGCUCAUCAAAGAGAGAGCUAUAUGGCUCUAAUACCAUUGUGUUGUAGCCAUCCAUAAACAGAGCUAGAGCAUUUUGUUAAGCUCUGGCAUAUUUAAUUAAUUGAGAAUAAUCAUGAAUCGGAGAAUAAGUAGUAGUUAACUAGGCUGGCAUUUUGUCUAGCCAUGCCAUAUAUGAUAUAUGUAACUUAUUUGGUUUUCAACUUUUUUUCCCUUAUGACAAAUAUAUGCACACAAAGUUGAGACCAUAUAGCAACGGAAUUUCUCUAUGAAAAACUUGAAUCAUAUCGAUUCAGAUGAGUCGUGUCAUAACUUCAAGAAUUCAACCACUCGGAAAUGUAAUACAAUAACGUAACGAGAUUUAUCAUAAUGUGGAAAGGCCUUUUAUCAUAA